AAUGAUUAGUUUUAGGAUAGACUUUAACAUUGAAUCUAUUACAAAACGCGGGGUUUGAGCCCAUUUCAGUUUCAGCUAGGAGAGAAAGAAACAAGAGGAGGAAACAAGAGGGGGGAAGUUACAGGAGAUAGGCAUAUAUGUUUUUACUGUAUAUGAUUUUCAUUGCGGACUAACAUAGAGAAGAGAAGGUAAGGGAGGACACAUUUUUGAAUUUUUGACUUUGUUUUCCUUACAGGGAAAGUUAGGUUUUGAGGCUGGAAGAAAUGUAACUUCACAAACUUUGGCGAUGGGAAAAAAUGCUGGAGCUGAUUUCUGCUUUCAGAGAGUAAUUUACCCUAAGUAAACCUGACCAAGUCGGGAAGCAAAAUAACUUGGGAGGAAAGAGCUUGAGGAUUGAAAAAAAAAUUUUUUUAUUGAGCCAUUAAAAACAUAUUUUUCUAGCCUCCUUUCCCCUCUCUUAUAAAAACUUGAUUAUUUCAUCUUCAUUUUGAGGUAGGGAGAGGGCAUUAUUUCAGAAGGCACCGAGGCGCUUUAAUCUGGUGUUUUGCCUUUUUUUUUUUUUGAGGGGGCGGGUUUGGAAGGAAUAUCGUAUUUUUGCCUUGCUCCUGGUGACCGACCAUUCCUGGGAGAUGGCAUGUUUUUAAUUAGUGUUUUAAGUCCUCUCGGCGGUUUGGUGGAUGUAGGCUGCCCGCUCUGUCGAGGGAGGUCCAGGGUAGUUCCGGGAGAGUUGGAGAAGGGAGGCAGAUUUUGUGAGAAGGGGGAAAGAGUGAGUGGUGUGACUGGGUGAGAAAGGCUUUGCUGGAGGUAACCUGGGACCUUGGAUAUACGGACUGGUUGGAGGACCGGGCGCCAGGGGUGCGUUAGUAAUUGCUGGACGGCGCUCCACACUGCAACGAGGACUUGGACUCUGGGGAGCUGCGGCGGCUGCCAAGCGCUCCGGGGUAAUUCGCUUAGGGCUGGGGCGGGGGUCGAAGUUUAGGGGGGCACUCUCCCGCCUUUUAGCCAGGGGCUCCUAAGGCGUCAAAGAAAAAGUUCCCAGCUUCGCAGUGAUAAAGGGCUCCCUCCUCCGAGGAAUGGUUGGAUGGAUGAUGGAUCUGGUCUGGAAGAGGCGGCGGCAUUGGCUGUCUGUCUGACUGGCGGGGGGAAGGAGUUCUGGCAUUAAUGACAAACACAUUUGGAAGAGAGAGCAGAAGCCGUCGUCGUACCGCAUUCCAGAAACCUAGGAUUUGAGGAAUUUCGAGCUGCGAUCCGGCUCUUUUCCAAGAGUCAUUAUUAUUAUUCGUUUUGGGAGUGUAUUUUUUUAAAAAAACAUUUUAUACUGGAGUAUUGUCGUUCUCUGGGAUCCUCUGGCAAACUACGGCAACAGGAAGGAAAGUAGGAAAAAAGCCAGAAAAGUGCCGGAUAAUUUCUCCAAGCAACUACAUGUGGGGAGUUUAGGGGAGGACUAAGAGCUGAGAAACUUUUUGCGCAAGUUUUCCGCAGCUAUGGGUACCUCCCCAUGGGCAUUGCUGGUCCUGGGAUGUCUUCUUACAGGGCCGUGGCUCGCAUUUUGCCAGCUUCCAUUACCCACUGUCUUUCCGAAUGAGGAUGAAAAGGUUGUGCAGCUGCAUUCAUCUUUUACCCUAAGAUGCUCUGGGGACAGUGAAGUGAGCUGGCAGUACCCCAUGCAGGAUGAAGAGGACCACAAAAUAGAAGUCAGAAAUGAGGAGAACAACAGUGGCCUUUUUGUGACGGUCCUGGAAGUGGUCAAUGCCUCAGCUGUCCACACAGGGCUGUACACUUGUUAUUACAACCAUACUCAGACAGAGGAGACGGAGAUCGAAGGCAGAGAUAUCUACAUCUAUGUGCCAGAUCCAGAUGUAGCGUUUGUACCUUCUGUCAUGGUUGAUCAUUUAAUUUUUGCGGAGGAACAUGAUUCUGUCACUAUUCCAUGUCGCACAACGGAUCCUCUGGCUCAGGUGACCCUUCUCAACAGUGAUAACAAAGUGGUACAUGCAUUCUAUGAUAGCAGACAAGGCUUUAUUGGAAACUUUGCCAUGGGACAAUUCAAGUGUGAGACAACCAUCAAGGGGAAAACAUUCCAAACAGUUCCAUUCAACAUUUAUACAAUAACAGCUACUCCAGAGCUUGAAGUUGAGAUAGAGGCAGAGAAAACUGUUUACAAAACAGGAGAAACUCUUGUUGUAACUUGUGCUGUCUUGCACAAUGAGGUGGUUGAUCUUCAGUGGAAUUACCCGGGAAAAGUGAAAAACAAAGGCAUUUUGAAAGUUGAUGAAAUCAAAGUUCCAUCCCUCAAGUUGGUGUACACGCUGACUGUCCCAAAGGUGACGGUGAAAGACAGUGGUGACUAUGAAUGUGCUGCCCGUCAUGCUACUAAGGAAACAAAGAAGAUUAAGAAAGUCACCAUUUCUGUCCAUGAGAAGGGAUUUAUUGAGCUCAAUCCCAACUUCCGCCAGUCAGAAGCCAUUAACUUGCACGAAGUGCGCCAUUUUGUAGUGGAUGUACAGGCGUAUCCACCACCAAAGAUAUCUUGGCUUAAGGACAAUAUGACUGUGAUUGAGAAUCUCACUGAGAUCAUCACUGGCUUAGAUAAGAUCCAGGAAAUAAGGUAUCAAAGCAAGUUAAAACUGAUUCGUGCUAAGGAAGAAGACAGUGGCAAUUACACUAUUAUGGCCCAAAAUGAGGAUGAUAUUAAGAACUAUACUUUUCAACUUAUAAUUCAAGUUCCAGCUUCUAUUCUGGACCUAGAAGAUGACAACCAUGGCUCUGCAGGAGGGCAGACGGUCAAAUGCAUGGCAGAAGGGACACCGCUUCCAGUUGUGGAAUGGAUGGUUUGCAAGGACAUUACAAAGUGUAAUAAUGAAACUUCGUGGACACAUUUGGCCAGCAAUACAUCUGACAUUACAGAAAAACAAGACAGCAGUAUGGUAGAGAGCCAAGUGACCUUCAACAAAAUUGAAGACACUAUGGCUGUACGAUGCCUAGCAAGGAACUUACUUGGGUCGGUGACUCGGGAACUGAAACUUGUGGCUCCUGCUAUGCGCUCAGAAUUGACAGUGGCUGCCUCAGUCCUAGUGCUGCUAGUGAUUGUCAUCUUUUCCCUCAUUAUCCUGAUCGUCAUAUGGAAGCAGAAACCCAGGUAUGAAAUCCGGUGGAGGGUCAUAGAGUCCAUCAGCCCUGAUGGCCAUGAGUACAUUUAUGUGGACCCAAUGCAGUUGCCUUAUGACUCAAGAUGGGAGUUUCCUAGAGAUGGGUUAGUCCUUGGCCGAAUCCUGGGCUCAGGUGCAUUUGGAAAAGUGGUGGAAGGAACUGCUUAUGGAUUAAGCCGUUCCCAACCUGUGAUGAAGGUGGCGGUGAAAAUGCUAAAACCCACAGCUAGAUCUAGUGAAAAACAGGCUCUCAUGUCAGAACUGAAGAUUAUGACUCAUCUGGGACCCCAUUUGAAUAUCGUAAAUCUUUUAGGAGCCUGUACCAAGUCAGGGCCCAUUUAUAUCAUCACUGAAUACUGCUUCUAUGGGGAUUUAGUCAACUACCUGCAUAAGAACAGAGACAACUUCUUGAGCCAUCAUCCAGAGAAGACAAAGAAAGAGCUGGACAUCUUUGGGAUGAACUCCGCUGAUGAAAGCACUAGGAGCUAUGUCAUCUUAUCCUUUGAAAACAAUGGGGAUUAUAUGGACAUGAAGCAAGCGGAUACCACACAAUACGUUCCCAUGCUGGAGAGAAAACAGGGCUCUAAAUAUUCAGAUAUCCAAAGAUCGAUGUAUGAUCGGCCUGCAUCAUACAAGAAGAAAUCUGUAUCAGACCCAGAAGUUAAAAACCUCCUUUCAGAUGAUAGCUCAGAAGGUCUCAGUCUCUUGGAUCUGCUAAGCUUCACCUAUCAAGUAGCCCGAGGAAUGGAGUUUUUGGCCUCUAAAAACUGUGUGCACCGUGAUCUAGCUGCUCGUAAUGUCCUUCUGGCUCAAGGAAAAAUCGUGAAGAUUUGUGACUUUGGCCUGGCCAGAGACAUCAUGCAUGAUUCCAACUAUGUGUCCAAGGGCAGUACUUUUCUCCCUGUGAAGUGGAUGGCUCCUGAAAGUAUCUUUGACAAUCUGUAUACCACACUGAGUGACGUCUGGUCUUAUGGCAUCCUGCUAUGGGAGAUCUUUUCCCUUGGAGGCACACCCUAUCCUGGAAUGAUGGUGGAUUCUACUUUCUAUAAUAAAAUCAAAAGUGGAUACCGAAUGGCCAAACCCGACCAUGCCACCAGUGAAGUAUAUGAAAUCAUGGUGAAGUGCUGGAAUAGUGAGCCCGAGAAGAGACCCUCCUUUUACCACCUGAGUGAGAUUGUGGAAAAUUUGCUACCUGGACAAUAUAAGAAGAGUUAUGAGAAAAUCCACCUGGACUUCCUGAAGAGUGACCACCCUGCCGUUGCUCGCAUGAGAGUGGAUUGUGAUAACACUUACAUUGGUGUCACCUACAAAAAUGAAGACCAGAUGAAGGACUGGGAGGGCAGCUAUGAUGAACAGAGGCUGAGUGCUGACAGUGGCUAUAUCAUCCCUCUGCCUGACAUUGACCCUAUCCCUGAAGACGACCUAGGCAAGAGAAACAGACACAGUUCCCAGACAUCUGAGGAAAGUGCCAUUGAGACAGGUUCCAGCAGCUCCACCUUCAUCAAGAGAGAGGAUGAAACCAUCGAGGAUAUCGACAUGAUGGAUGACAUUGGGAUAGACCCGUCAGACCUGAUUGAAGACAGCUUCCUGUAAUGGUCAAGGAUUUUGUGGAGCUAUUCCAUUUCUGAAAAGAGAGAUGCUCACCAUUCAGUCUAAAGACUUGAACACCCUUCAGAAAACCACUUUAUUGCAAUGCAAAUGAUGCAAGGAGGCUCAGUUUGUAAAGAAAACUUCCCCAUAAGGGCUCAGAGACCAUCCUGAACAUGAAUGAGUGAGAUACUCUGGAAAGGACUGCUUCAGUGUUGCUCCUUGCAAUACUUCUAUAGCAUCUCAACAGUAAUUGCAGAGUUUUUUCUUUUUUCCAGGUAGAUGGACAAAAGGAAAAGGGACCAGCUUUUUGUUUCAAGGGCAUUGAUGACUCUGAUGAACAGAACUUUCAUUGCAUCACAGCACCAUCAUUGUAAUUAUGUAAAUAAGUAGCUGAGGAUGUGUUUAGAUUUGUAUUGAGUAUAUUCUCUGGACUUCUGAAGAGACCACUUAAAAACAUUUAUGUACUUCCCCCUUGAAAUCCCAUGUCAGCUGCUGUUGGGCUACCAUGAGAAGUACAUGCAAAACCACUUUUGAAACGUAAAGGAUAUUGCUACUAUAGCAAGUUAUCUGACUAUUUUUUUAGUGUUGAGUAAUAAAGAAGAAAGAUAAUCAUUAACAAACCUUCUUUUGAUAGAAUUGGGCUGUUUAGAAGAAGCCCAACAAAUCUUUUACAUAUUGCUAACUACAUUAAUACUACGACUACUGUCAUCAUUUAUACUAAAUGUGUAAUUUAGAACACAUCUCCCUUCAGAGAAAGCACAAUUUGGAAACAUCAACACAAAUCCAGCAACAAAGAUCAGCUGUACUAAGUAGGUAAUGACUUUAUUGGGUUUGGGGCAUUUAUACUGAAUAACCUUUGGCUAUAUAAGAUAAUAAUAGCAUUAGCAGAUUAAAGUUAGUUGAACAUAGAGGGGAAAAAAAAAAACCAUGUAGCAUCACCCAGACCAGUCCCAAGUUCUGGGGUUUUUGUUCUUUGUAAAAUAAGACAUUGUCUAAUCUGUUGUACUAAAAAAAAGAAUGAAACUUGUAAAGCAGUAAAUGUUCCCUCCUGUGCAAAUGGACAAGUCUCUGCUUGGCCAGGCUUCUUAUGGAACAUAAACAAGGAGGAUUUGUGGCUGCUGUCAUUCUGGUGUACCCAGAAUCAAAAAUUAUCCGAGGAAGUCAAAGCCUUGACUAGCAUUGGAAACAAUCUAAACCCCCUCCGCCUUCUAUAGCUUUGCUGGUUGGGGGACUAUGGUACGCAUCAGAUUAUAGGAAGUUGAUUUAAGGUAGAAUGUAAGCUCUUUUCGGGCAGAGACAGGUUUUUUUGGGGGUGUGUGUGUGAGUGUGUGAGAGUGUGUGAGUGCACAUGCAUGUGUGUAUCUUUAUAUCCCCAGUGCCUAGCACAAUGCUUCACAUAGAGUAGGUGCUUAAUAAAUGUUCAAUUGAACCGAAUUGAAGAAUGGGGGGGGGGGGGAAGCAAUCUGAAAUUUGGAAUUAGACUAGUGCUGCCUUUCGAACUUCUUAGUUUCAGAUUAACCAGACCAUACCAUAUACCUGGCAAGUUAGGCCCCUUUGUAUAGUUCUUCUGUAUGAGCUGAGAUCAAGAAAGCUAGCUUUUAGGGUUUGUGGGUUUUUUCAGAGCUUCCACGGUUUAUUUACUUCUUCCCUGUAUAGCAAUUCUUGUGAUUAGACCUUGAGUUAAAAAGAAAAGUGGGUAAAAUGAAGCCAUUCAUACAACGUGGAUAAAAUUUUAGCUCAACAUUUUGAGUAGGAUGGUGUAUUUGUUGUAUUUUUUAAGCAAUUUUGAAAUAAGUAGCUUCAUUUUUUGGUCAAGUUCUCUAAACCAUUUGAAUCAGUUGUUUGUAAAAACAUGGACUUAAGUUCUGCAAUAUCUUUUGUUUUUGACAACAUAAGAAUGAAAUGCAGCCUGUAGCUACAGCAAUCACUCUUUACACUAGCAGGUGGUGAUUUGGGAUGAUGUAUGAGCAACAGCUAGAUGCCUGAUUGGUAUCCACUCUCAACAUAAACCUUUUCUUUCUUGGAUGCUCUUCCUUGUUUAAAGCCUAAGCCCAUGGAGCUCUGCCUGUUACAAGGGACAAAAUAACUGGAGUUUCGAGAACCAGUCCGACUUGAAAUGCAUUUGUGUUUCCAGAAUCACAAUUCAAGACUUCUCUGUUUAUCAACCAAUCACCUAUUCUCUUAUAGACUUCCAUUGAUGCUUUCUGUUCCUGCUCUGCACCUACCCAUCAUAUCUCCUGGCACAAUAUAUACUGAGCUCCUGGACCAGUGGCUCCCACAGUCCUAUUUGUCAAAAGCUCAGCCACUGGGCUGAGACACUAUCAUUUCUAGUCUGUGUCCUGGAACAGCAUUUUGUUGUGUGUGUUUUCAUUGUAUUGCAAGUUUGUUUGUUUGUUUGUUUAUGGCUUCCUUGUGAGAAGCCACUAGAAGGAAAAUCAUCAAUCCUACCAGCUCUCCGUUUGUAUGACGACAAUCAAAAGCUAGCCUAAGAAAUGCAACUUGUGAGUUUUUAAUGGUCAAUGAUUUCCUUAAAAUGUGGUCUGACAACUUGUACAAAAUGGUCCUGUUUUGUGAAGAGGGACGUAAGAUAAGGUGAUGUUAUACAUCCAUAUGUAUAUAUGUAUUUCUAUAUAGACGGAGAAUACUGCCAAAACAUUUAUGACAAGCUGUAUCACUGCCUUUGUUUAUAUUUUUUUGACUGUGAUAUACCCCACAGGCACGUUAACUGUUGCACUUUUGAAUGUCCAAAAAGUAUAUUUUAGAAUAAUAAAAAAAAGUGUUUCCAAAAUAAUGGCGUGGUGUAUUAUGUGAGGAGGGCAAAUUGAUUGGGAAAGACUAUUGGUAUAAAAUGCAAUAUGAAUACCCCUUUUUAAUUUUGUUUUAAAAUGUAUAAAUUCAGAUCUUUAUAUUUCAAUAAAUGUUAUAUAAUUUAAAGUUA